GACGAAGGAAGACUGACUUGGAGUUCUGUGCGCGUAUCGACGUCAUAUUACCCGCUUGUUCGAGGUAUACAAACCGGCGUGAAAGGUAUCACGGCCGCGCGGCUCAACCAACCCAUCCACCCGAGUUAGCCUGGUUCCACAAUACACAAUGGGUUCAACAAAGUUCGGCAACUUCGAUGAGUUUUGUCGGGACACUACUCUCCCAAUCUGCAAUCUCGUCUCGCCCACAGAUGACCAGUCAGGACCAUGGCUGGGCUGUGAGUUAAGGGGGAUCCCAUUGCCAGACGGAAGGUUCCUGGGCAAUUUGGGAUCCAUCCUGCUUUGUGGAGCUGCAAUCGCCGUUACCGCCCUUUUGCUACUCCGGUCGGAGAGAAAAAGGGCAGCUGUUGGGCGGAGAGAGAUGCAAGCAUUCCUGCUCGGAUACCUGAUAAUAUCAAUAUGCGAAAUCUUCUCCAUAGGAGGAUUUCCGUUGGACUCCAGAGCACGAUUGGCUUUCAGCGCCGUGCACAUUGGUGCUAUAUCGGCAACCACAUGGAUGCUUUUUCUCAACGGCAUUGUCGGCUACCAGCUCAUGGAUGAUGGGACCCCACUAUCUAUUGGUCUGACCCUCGGCUCAGGUCUCGUGUUCCUCCUUGGAGUCGGAUACAUCGCCCUCGAUACCGGAUUCCAAUUUACCGGAUUUUGGAAUUCAAGCUACGAGCUUCCUAACCGGAAUAUCGCGCUCUACGUUCUAUACCUGCUGUUGCCGCUGCUUUGGCUUGUCUUAUACCUUGCGCUAGAGACAGUCCUCGUCCUGAGAGUCCUGGGCGAGACUAGGCCGAUGAUUUACCUCGCCUCGGCGGCGGUCGCCUUCGCUGUGGGGCAGAUCUUCAACUUUGUCGUCAGCCCUUACAUCUGCAACGGCACCACUGGUCGGAUCGACGGCUCACUGUUCCAGACCUUGUUCACCCUCGUGUCAGUAGUGCUUGUCUGGCUCUUCUGGUCCAGUAUUACCGAGGAUGAUUGGCCCAUGGACCAGGGCACUCCUUACCCUUAAUUAAAGCUCGAGAUACCCGCGCUCUAGCGCAUUAAGGGGCACCAGGGGGGCUGGAGUUUAACGGCUGUGAUUUCUAUUACACUCUCUUUUGUUGAUACCAUUAUAUUCUUCUUCUCU